CAAGCAGCAGCGAAACGAAGACGGCACACCGAUUGAGUAGUCGUCCUACAAACACCCCCGUUGAUCCAAGCAGGCAAUGGCAUUGUCAUUGCUGCAGGAAGCGCAAACAGCACGAGGAUUAGCCGCCAUCCGUACCCUGCAAGGCAUGAAACGUGAAGACGAUCGCAGUAUGUCCGUGUCACCGCCGUUGACCGGUCAGCUCCAUCAUCACCACCACCACCACCAGCAGCAGCAGCAUCACCUGAACAUGAACGUAAAUCACAGUCCAACCAUUUUCGGGGGCUAUCACCCGACGGCUUCGGCCAUGGGAAUGCUAGCGCCUCAGCUGCUUGCCAACCAAACGGCAGCCGCCCUGAUGGCUGCCGGGCUGCCAAUGUCUCUACGAGCGACCUUGGCUACCGGUUUGUUCCCACCGCAUCCGGCCCUGUUUGGAGCCUGGGCACCACCUACACCGAACAGUAACAAUAGCAGCCCACCGCCACCACAAAGCCCCAUUUCACCAGCCCUGAGCCAAAAGAGUUCCAAAUCACUGAAACUCACUGCCAACAACAACAACCACAUCGUAUCGACCACCUCGGAGUUCCUACCUCAGCAGAAGAAACCGGCCAAGCGGAAACAGCUCACGGUUAAACCGGAAUCCGCACUGCUACACAUGCCCAGCCACACCACCAUGCCCGUUGACAUCCCGAAUCUGGACAUGGUUAGUCCGGGUCCUAUCUCACCACCUACCUCUGGCUCGUCACCGCAAUCCAACGGAAGCGUCGAAAUGCCGCCCACCAUAACUACCUCCACUAGAGACCCCUCCCGGGACAAAGUUUUCACCUGCAAGAUCUGCAACCGCUCGUUCGGUUACAAACACGUCCUUCAAAACCACGAACGAACCCACACCGGCGAGAAACCCUUCGAAUGUCCCGAGUGCCACAAACGCUUCACCCGGGAUCACCACCUGAAAACCCACAUGCGACUCCACACCGGUGAAAAGCCCUACUCCUGUACCCACUGCGAUCGCCAGUUCGUCCAGGUCGCUAACCUCCGGCGGCACCUACGGGUCCACACCGGUGAGAAACCCUACGAGUGCGAAAUGUGUGAACAAAAGUUCAGCGACUCCAACCAGCUGAAAGCUCACAUGCUCAGCCAUAGCGGCCAACGGCCGUUCCACUGUGAUAGAUGCAACUCAAGCUACCGCCGGCGGCACCACCUUCUGCAUCACAAAUGUGGCAUCACAAGCCCACCAACGCCGGCCAUCAGCCCGUCGAUGUCACUGUGCGAUCAAAAAUCCGGCUGCUCCGAAGUGUCCGACAUGUCGAUGGAACUCAAACACUCCGUUCUGCUACACCCCAAAUUCACCGGUCUAGCAAUGCCGCUCGACUUCAGCUCACCGGAUGUCCGCCAUCAGCAGCAGCAGCAGCACCACCACCACCCGGCGGCCAUCGAUCUGCGAUCGGUUGUCCGAACACCGCAGCAGAUCACCCACAUCAAAUCUGCCAUGCCGGAGCAAACCGAACCGGAAGACCUCAGCAUGCACUCGCCCCGUUCUCCGGUCACCAUGGAGGAACUGGAAGAGCUGGACGAUGCUGCCUCGCUGUACCUGAAGCAACGCCAGCAAAAACUGGCUUACGCUGCUGUUGCUGCGGCGGCCGCUGCCGCCGCUUCCACCAACAACAACGGCGCCGCCCAACGUCACGGUAUGGAAGCUUAA